GUCUUCUUUCCACUCAACGGUGUGAUGCAAAUAUAGCAACAGACUCCUCAGAAUAGGGGCCUAGAAACAAACCGUAAACAACAGAGUAAAGGGGGUUCAAUCAUAAGGCAGGAACUGCGUGUGGAAAAGUCUGUUGUUUGCAGUGUGUUUUUCAGUCAUCUGAUGUGAGGGGGCCAUUGGUGUUGUGGCCCCGCAGCUGGCUGAGACAUGGGGAACGAGAGCAGCACGACCGAGGCGUUGCCAGAAGAGGGCACUGCGGACAAUGUUGUUCUAUUUCCACCUCAGGAAAAUCAAAAUGACUGUUUACAGGCUGAAGGUCACGCUGACACUUUGACCCAGAGGGACGACAGAAGGCUGCUGACCGACGCCUCGGCCAGCCAGCAGAGUCUGCUGUCUCAGCCGACGCUCGCAGACGUCGCCGUCGUCGUCUCCGGAGUGGAGGAGAGCAGAGGUGGUGCAACUGGAGAGCAGGAGGACAAGGAGGAGCUUGAGUUUCCACACGACCUGCUGCCCAGUCUAGACUUCAGCAGUGAGCUCAACAUCUGGGGGGCGUCACUGGGAGCUCCGAGUUGCUCAGGCGCAGAGAAACGUGAGCAGGUGAACCCUUUGCUGGCGGCUCUGCAUCAUCAUGUGGAAGUGAGUGGACCGCUGGUGGUUCCCGACACAAGGCUUCAUGACAGCGACCCAGUUCCCACAGAUGCUCUGCCUUCACUCCAGUCCACUGCCACGCCUCACCUGGUCGUCCGGUCCCCGAGCCCCCCUUCGUCUGUGCUUAUAGACUGGGAGCUGCAGGAGGCAUUGAAGGAAUGUGAGGAGCAAAUGGCCUCACUGGGCAUGCUUCCCUCUGUGGAGCACGCCAGCAUCACACAUGAAAAGCUCCGUAAUGAAGGGAAGAAAACCGGAGACGUGAUAGUUAAGUCCAGUGAAUCAUCAUCACUGCCUCCAAUUGUAGUCCAGCCAGGACAUAGCAACGGAGACCAUGGAAACAAGGAUACACACGGAAAGAGUGAGGCAGCAAACAGUCAGAAGGAUUUACUUGUGUUUAGUUUCAGAAAUUACAUACUGGGUACCGAGGAGGACAGUCCGGGAGCAGCAGAGACGAAGAAUGAAAAAGAAGCAGCAAGAAUCCCAGAUAAAUGUACAGGGAUUAAACUAGAAAUAGAAACAGAGGUGAAUGAGCAGAAGCAAACACUCCCAAGUGCACAAUUAAAAACGGCAGCAAAAACAGAUUCAACGAAAGAAAUACAUAACGAUGUUCUUACACAGCAGAGAGACAGUCCUAGAGAGGAGCAUGAUGAUUCUAAAGCAGCAGUAGAGGAAAAUCCCAGUCUUGAUUGUCUUGAAAUGAUACGGGACAAAGGAACACAGGCAAUAACAGAGGCAGCACAUACAGAGAAAGAAAAGAAUAGUGAUGAGUGCCGCAUUGAUGUUUGCAGCCUUCAAUCUGAAAGUAAAGAUGAUUCCGUUGAUAUAUUUGGAGGCAGUGGUAUUCCUUUAAGUGAUAAAGACGUCUUGUUCGGGUUGCAGUCAGUGGCACAAGCAGGAGCAGACGAGCACACAGAGGAGAAUCUGUCCAAAGCAAGUGACCGACAGGCCGCACAGAACAAAGAGGCGAAAAAGAAAGACAAAAAGAGACAAAGGAAAAAGAAAAAGACGGAGAAACAUGUGGAGACUGAGCUGAAAGAAAAGACAGCGGUACAAUCUGACAAUGAUUUACAGGCUCAGUCGUUCAUUAAUUCAGGCAUUAAUGCCGAAUCAGAGUCGAGUGUACAAUCAAUGUCACAGGCAGACACUCAGACAGUGAUUUGUGGGGAACAGCCUGAUAAUGGGUUCGAUUACAAGCAACAGCUGAGUCCCGCAGGAAAGCCCAGCCCCAGCCCCCCACUCUCAUCCACACAUGGCAGGCAAGAUCAGCUUACUGACUCUUCACCUGCAUCCACCCAGACGCUUUCACAGUGGCCUCAUCAGUCAGAUAACCACGGCCGGACUGAUGCCCCAUGUGGCAUGACUCACAGCCUGGACAAGAACACACAGUGGAGGCAACAUGCAACCGGAGAUGUCAUCAACAACCAAAAUACACCCGUGACACAUGUCCAAACUACAGUUAUCCAUCCACUCACUUCUGCUGAUAAGAGAUCUGAUGCACAAAUACAGGAGGCUAUAGUUACCACCACAGAUGCAACGAUACCCACUCAGGAGAAAUGGAGCCCACUCACCAACAGCCAAACUUGUGUGGGAGAGAGAUGUGUGGCAAGUGCCCUGGAAGAGGCUUCAGUGGGGGUUGCUGCGUUGCCACUGACAACACCCACGAUACCAGAAGUGAUAGAAAGCUGUGAAAAGGGAGAAAGCGUGAGGCAUAAUUUGCUGGCGAGCGAAGCCAGUGUAGCAGCGACAGAGCGUGUGGAAUCAGUAAGGGAGAAAGAUCUGGGAGGAAGAGAAAAGUGCCUCGGUUCUGCAGAUGAACAGAGAGAGCGGCUCCCGGGCAGCCCCUCUCAGCUCUCAUUAAUCUCUUCCGAGGGAAAAUGCUCACUUGCUUUCUCGACCAAAGAGGGACAGGCGGCGUCUGAGGAAAGCUGCAGCGAAAUGCCACACAACUCAACUGAGGCUGAAAUUAGAGGGACAGGGGAGACCAAUAUUCACAGUGCAGACACAGAUAUUUUACGAGCGGAAGAGGGUGACAGAGAAAAGGAGUCACUCCGCUUAGAAGCAUUCAUCAAUACUUCUCCCCUCGGGCUACUCACUGGUUCUGAUCGCCAGACUCGCAGCGCUGUGGGAUUGGAGGGAGCAGGAGAGGGAGGAGGAAGACAGGCUGUGGAAGAGAAAGGAGGGCUGACUAGAGAGCACAGUUCAUUCAGCCAGCCAGAAGGCUAUGCUCGUGGGGUGUCAUCAGCUGAGACGGAGACGUAUCCGCCCACCAAUGUUGCAGAGUCACAGCUGAAGUCACAGGGCUGGAGUGAGCCGAUUGCUUCCAUCACUGAGAGCAUCUGCACUGAGCAGGACUGUCUCUCUAACCUCUGCCAGGAGCAGCAUGGCGCAGCAAUUUUACCUCUCUCCACUCACUCUGAGCAGAGCUCCACCAGUGCAAGUGGAGGCAUAAGGGCCGAAUCCAUACAGAAUUGGAUUUCAGAGGAAGCACUUCCCGUGGGACACACUUGUGAGGAGUCGUCGGCCAUUGAGAAAGAAGGAAACAACUGCCACGUCUUCCCUCCUGUAGUUGAACCUCAGCCUCUCACUGCUUCGCAACACACCCAAGUCGAGCAGCAAACAAGCAGCGAUCAACAGGUUCAGCCUGAAAGUAGCACAACAGAGGCCAGGACAACCAAAACUGCAGUUGAGUCCAAAUCCCAGAGCAAUACUGCGAUGUCUGGAGUGGCUGUGAACGUGUGUGGCAGCAGCGCAGGUCACCACAGAGUUCAUUUUGCAGAUAAUGUGAAAGAAGGGGACAAUUCCACUGUGGCUCUUAGGAACAUAUCGGUUGGACCAUUGGACUGUGCCUCAUUGCCUCCGCUGACCACACAUGAGAGUUUAUAUCAUCCUGUUGUUGAGGCCAGCUACAUCUUCCCAGAUUUCCUCAGCUUGAAGGGGUCAGAGAUCCCCACGAAUAAAGCCCGUGCCGGCAAUGAAUCAGCAACACAGAGCUCAGCUGAUUUACCCAUGACACAGAAAGGAGAUUUGGAGACCAAAGCUACCAAGGACAAUAUUGCCAAAGAUCAAUCAGGUAACGAGAUUUCCGCGACAAAUACUGUGGAUUUACAGUCGGUGUCAGAGGCCUACACAAAACAGCUUCCAUGCCCUACUCAGAAGAAUCAGACAGGUAAUGAAGAAUGUUUUGACUGUUUACAAACAACAGGAAGUUCCAUCGUUAAGGCCGAUCCUGUAACAGAUGGGCAUGUGUUGGUAAAGGAGAUGAAGAUCCAGGCAGAGUCUAUAGAUGUAGCCAAGCCUGAGGAAUCACCUUUACUGAGUAGUACUACUCGUGUUCUGGAAGAAAGAGACGUUACUCAACAGCCAGCCUCUUCGUGUUCUGUGUUUAUAGCUGAUCACGAUCCUGUUUCCUGCAAACCUUUAAGUCAUGUCACCACUCAGUUGCCUGUUGACACCAGUUCAGAGCCUGAAACAGUCACUUUAACCUGCACAACCUCUCUCCAGUCACAGCCUAGUGAUGCCACUUCCCAGCUUCCUACCCAGUUAGAUCAUACAUCUCCUUGUGGAUUAGUUACUUCAGAUCCCACAGAAGCAGGCGAAGGGUCUCAAUCCACAAUCCCCUCUGUUGAUCUGGCAAAGGGGGAAUCUGUGACCUCAGACGUGAGAGUCGCUGACCUGUCAAUUCCUGUUAUCGAGCAAUCUGCCGGUAAACUCCCGCCGCCUGGCCCAAUGCUGAGUCACUUGGAGUUCAUUACGGACUGUGACAUCUAUCCUCUUGGAGACACGGAGCAGGGCAGAGCUGAUUCUGACUUCACUGAGGAGGUCUCUGGAGGGGCGAACGGAAACAAAAGCAAGGAAGCGACACAAAUGUCUGUAGCACAGGAUCUGGGGCCCGUUGAUGUUAAAGCAGAUGAGACCUCUGAGCUUCAGAAUAAUGCAAUCAAUGAUGUAAAUGCGCCAUUAUCACAAGAGAAAGAACGGUCUGAUGUUGUGGUGGGUGAACAAGCAAAUGAUGACACAGACAGUGUAAUCUCUCUGUCUCAAACUGAGUCAGACCCUGUUGCCGUUAAACCUGUUUUUAUUGAAGCACCCGUUGGGGACGGCGUCAUGAAUAUUGGCUGCACACUCAGCUCUGACCUGCCUACCAACAAGGUUUAUGAUGACAUUAAAAAAGAGGAGUGGAAAACCGAGAAACCGAGUACUGGAGAGUGGACCUCCACGCAGUUGGAAGAAAAUGAGAAACAAAGUGGUGAAGCAGCAACAGAUAAUCAGACAGAAAAGGCAAUUACAGCACAGCAACAGAUUAAUGGAGACGUGCAGCACCAAUGUAAUCAUGAAGUAGAAAACAAGGAUGCACCAAUAAGUGAUAUAAGAGUGGAAGAAUUAAAGGAAAAUGCUUCUGCAGAGGCUUCUUCCUUAUUUCCUGAUAGACCUGUAGGGUUGUCAGAAGACAUGCUAAACCCUGAGUCUGUCUGCGAGCCUCAGACUGAUUCCGUUCAAGCAUUGCACCAAACUCCGGCAGCAACACUGGUAUGGAGCUCUGACGGGGACACAGCACCAGGUCUGAGUGAAACACUUGGCCAAUCCCCAAAUCCAAACAGUUUUGCUCAGCAACAAGAGAACCACCAGCAGCAGCAGGAAUCCAGACACCUCACAGAGGAGUUGUCGGGUGCCUGUUUAGUCGGCGUAGAAAAGAUUACCUGUCAGGACAGGCAGAUCCAAGCAUUGGUUCCAGAGGCAGCAGAAAAGAGAGAGAACUCUGUUGGGAGUUUGUGUCAGUCAGUAGGUAAGGAUGGCUUGAUGCAUGACGACAGCAGAGGUGAUGGACAAGUGGAAGAAAAGGGAAAAGAAAAAGGAGACAGAGCACAAGAAGCUGUACAAGGGCUUUCUGUCACAUCUUACACUGGCAAUGAUGUAAAUGAGGAAGAGACAAAUGCCCCAGCUGAGGAAAUGACAACAAUAACUUGCUCCAAUAUAAGUGAAACAAGUAUAGACACGAAUGAAAGCGCUGAGUUAAGGACAGUUGGUUCAGAUGCUGAAUUAAUACCAGGCGCUGAGUUUUUGAAUGAUGUGGCUGCUAAAGGUCAGCGACAAAGCAAUCUAUCCGCUCCAUGUCAAGACCAGCGUGAAAAAUCUGAGACCACGAUGAACACUGCUGUAUCUGUUGAGUCGGCAUCACAGGAGCGUGAGACUUCACCUCUCCCAAUCUCUACUCCAUCAAAGGUCAACGCAGACAGUCCCGACAUUCUUGCAGAAGCUAUUCCAAGUGCAAACCAGGCUGAAAUUCUAACAAAAAUAUUCAGCGUCCUGCCCGAUCAUGUCGUGCCACCAGAAACUGCGGAAAACAAUCUUAACACUGCAGUGGCCGUGAAAAGCAACAGUAGGGAAAGUGAGGAGUGUGAAAUCUUGAACGCGGUAUGCAAGUCUGACGAGCUCCAACGCCCCAUUAAAACCCCAGCAACACAAAGCAGCCCAGGAGUACAAACAGCCAUAAAAGGCACUGAUGCGGAGGCGCUCAGGGGGGAAGAUAAAACAGCCGUGGACAAAGAAAAAUCUAGCACCCAGGGGAGUGGACAAAGUGAAAUAAAAGCAAUAAACAAUGAGACAGCAGAAAAACAAGGGGCCAUAAAUCAAAGUCUGAGUGCUAAAGACAGUGGCUCUGCGAUACUCGAAGCAUCAGACCACUGGGAAAGUGGCGUGUCACACAGCGGCACAGAGACGACUGUUUGUCAUUCUGAGGGGAGCUUUGCUUUCUCCAAGGAAAAGUCACUGGGCCUAGAAGAUUUGGAUUCGCUCUCUCUCACAACCCCUGCCCAAUCUGAGAAGCCACACGAUCAGGUGUCGCUGUCAAAACCCAGGGAUGACAUCGUGGACAAUACAACUGACUCCCCUUCGCACUGUGAAGGGAAAUCCCAUAAUGAAGUGCCUCUGUGUGUUUCUCCUGAUGUGCAACCGUCUGUCGACGCAGAGGCCGCUAAUGUGUCUGAAAGACCCGAGGCCGCACCAACAGCCCAAGAACCAGAAACAAACUGGAUAAAUGCACUAAAGGAAGCUGCGUCCUGUUGGGAAGAUGCAGAGGAGACGCAAAGAGCUCUCCCUUCUCUGGAGUCUCCUCAAUUUGCGUUUCUCACUCAAACUGAGGAGGUUGCUGCUCCUCUGACACAGAAGGAGAUCCCACCACCUGAGCCGGCAGCAGAAAAGACGACAGAGCCACCGCCUAGAAAUUUGCUAAAAAAGCCAGAUUGUCUUCCUCAGCCUUUAAAGAAGUUUGUGGAAAGCCCAGAACCAACACAGAGCACAAAGGAAGAAUCACCCAAGAAAGAAGAGGAGCACCCAGAAGGCCUUAAAGAAUCCAAAGCGGAGCCAUUCACGUCUUCAGUAAAGGUAGAGGAGGCGGUUGAGCUCCUAGAACCAGCAAAAAGUACAACAGAGCUCCCAGAGUCAACAACAAAUGAAGACUGGGAACCAACACUAGAACGUCUUGAACCAAAGAAGAAGCUGAUCAAUGAACUGCCAAAGAACCUAGUGGAAAAAUCUGCCGAGAUCCCACCUGAGGAGCCAUUCAAAGAUCUAGCAGAAGAACCUGCAGUGACAGAGGCAGUCCAGGAUCCUGAUGAGGAGCUGCAGAACAGCUGGCCCCCCCUCACUGAGCAGGCUUCCGAACACCACCUCCCACCCACGCUCCCUUCUCACCUCCACGACAGCGUAGAGUUCCCCACACCUCCUCCCACACCCCCAGAGAGGCUCACACCUGAAAGUCCCCCAACCCCUCCUGCAUCCCCCCUCUUUCCUCCUCCUCCACCUCCAGUCCUUGCCUCCCCUCCCGCACCUUCUGCUCACCAGUGGGAGGACCCCUGCUCUGCUUCUGCACCCCGCCUCCCUGCCUUAAGGAGCUCAGAUUCUGAUGGAGCAUUCGAGACCCCGGAAUCUACAACUCCAGUCAAGGCGGUUUCUAUUACAGACCCUCAGAUCCAGCAACUGAUAUCUGAUGACAAAGGAGCAGUGAGAGAGGACACCUCAGUCAGUGAUCCUGCAUCUGACUUGACAGAUGAUCCACUAACAUCCAUCAAAUUCGACGAGAACAAGCCAAUUGCAGCUAGUGGCGCAUACAACAUUGAGCUGUUUGCUACAGAUUCAGCAAAUCACACACUGACUCGCUCCCUCAGCCUCCAGGGAGGAGAACUAGACACCUCUGCUCUGUUGGACGGGUGCACAGCAGGAGGUUUCCGACCACAUUCCGAAUCCUUCAGUUUAGGCACUGAGAGCACCCCAGGCACACUCCACAGGCCCAAGAAAGUCCGCUCUGGCUCUUUGAAGAAGAAACCUCUUCUCAGACAAAACUCCAACCCGGAGAGUCCACAGACAGCCUCAUCCAGCAGCCCCCCAGAGCUCAAGAAGCCUCUGCAGGAUCAGGAGGGAGCAAAAGGUGGAUCUGCAACUCCGAGCCCCGGAGGAACUCUACGAAGGACCAGGAAGAGUCGUGUUGAAACUCCACCUCCUCUCCUGGAGGAGACCAGUCAUACCAGCCAAGAGGAAAGCCUUGUCAUUUCUGCCUUACCCUUAUGCCAAGAAGAGACGCCUCUCCCUGCUUGUGCAACAGACACAGACGAAUUCCCCAUCCCCCCUAGUGCCUCCUAUAAAUGGGAUCCAGAUAAUUUUGACAAGAUUGACCCAUUCAAGACCGGAGGUAGUAAAAUUGCCAACUCUCCUACUUUGGAUCGCAAAGGUACCGUGUGCGCCUCCAUCACUACCUGUGCAGAAAGUUCCCCUGUCCCUGCCGUGGACCCGCGGCGACCCAGUCCCCCAGCUUCUCCUCCUCAUGAACCAAUCGCCGACCUCGAAGAGCAGCCAAUCCUCCCCAAACGUCAGUCAGUAAGGCUGGAGUUUGACUAUUCUGAGGAGAGCAGUGAGGCGGUACCCCAGGCCUCUCCCACACCCAAGAAAGUGGUCAAGAAGCCCGGUGCCAAGAUGCCUCUAAGGAAACCAAAACUGGGGCUGAAGAAGGCCCCUCCAGCACAGACAGAGCAGCUGGACAACAGCUCUCCAAUGACCCACAACGGCAAUGAGGAUGAAAUCCUCGCUCCUAAAGCGUCCUACAAUUUUGAACCUGACAAAUGGGAGGAUCCACAUUUCAAUCCAUUUUCUUCGAAGAAAGGAAUCACAAACUCUCCUGAAUUGUCCAGACAGUCUUAUACCUUUGACCCCAGUAACGUGGACGACUCCAUAGACCCGUUCAAGUCGUCUAAUCAGAUGGGCAACUCCCCUCCUAAGGCCUCUGCCUCCUUUGAAAUUUCAUCCAAUGACUAUGAGAAUGAAAAUGACAAUGACAAUGUUGGGGAACUGGAGGACCAAAAUCAGAAUAAACCUGCCAAGAAGAAGAAAACUCCGAUCAAAUCUAAUACUUUCAGAGUGAAGAGGUCGCCAAAGAAAUCACUGCUGUCUGAUAAAUCGCAGGAUCACACGCCUACAGAUGAACCUCCCUCCCUCCACUUGCAGGAAGACCAUGCCACAGAUGAGGAGAAGUUGGCCUCCUCCACCAACCAUAAGUGGGCAUCCCUACAUGACAUGAAGGCAGAUUUGGACUCAGAUCAACAGGACUUUCCUCAACCGUCUGACCUCACGUCGUUCAUUAAUGAGAGCAAUCUUCCACAUCAGACUCUAGAGCAAGACUAUGAAAUCGAGUACAUGGAGAAGAUUGGCUCCUCUUCACCUCCGCUGUCUGUUAAGAAGCCAUCCUUGUACCUGAAGCUGGACUCAGUGUCUGACAAGUUAACCAACAACGUGGCUGCACAUGGAUCGCCCAGCUCCCCCUGCACAGGGAGUUUUGAAGAGAUGGAGGCCCGGAUAACAGCAGGCAUGAAGACACCGGUGCUGAGCUCUCGGCCCGGUCCUGAAGGCUCUGCUAGGGACAAGGGCCGGAAGAGAGAGUGCGGAACACUCAGCCGAACACAGAGCACAGAGGCGGACGAACAGUCUUCCGGCCAGGGCCCUAUGGAGGCCUCUGCUCCUGGCCUGGCCCUGCCCCUGUUAGACAGGCUGACUGAGUGUGACGACCCCCUGCAGUACCUGGAGCCUGACCUGGCUGUGACCAACCCCACUGCAUUCGCUCAAAAACUACAGGAGGAGCUGGUACUUGCUGCACUGAGGAUAGAGGCUCUGCAGGUAGCCAAAAACAUCUCUCAGUGCCCCUCCCUCUUCACUGUAACCCCCCAGCAGCAUCUAGACGCAUUAUCUCCAGUAGAGAGUGCUGUGUACAAGAACUCCACCACCAGCUACAACGAUGGGGAGAGUCCUCACCUGCCCCGGCAUCUGGACCACUCACUGGGAAUAGCUCGAGAAGAGAUUGUGAUGAAGGAGAAAGAAGUGCUGGAGUGGAAGAAAAAGUAUGAAGACAGCCAACGGGAACUGAUGGAGAUGAGGAGAAUGUUUGCUGAGUAUGAGAAGACUAUAGCACAGUUGAUUGAGGAAGACCAGAAAGACAAGUCUCUCUCGCAUCACACCAUCCAGCAGCUGAUCAUGGAGAAAGAUCAGGCUUUGGCCGACCUCAACUCUGUGGAAAAGUCCAUGUCCGACCUCUUCCGGCGUUACGAGAAGCUCAAGGAUGCAGUGGAUGGCUUUCGUAAGAAUGAAGACAUCCUAAAGAAGAGCGCUCAGGAGUAUCUGUCCAGAGUCCGCAAAGAGGAACAGCGCUAUCAUGUCCUGAAGAUUCACGCGGAGGAGAAACUAGAAAAGGCCAGUACAGAUAUAAUACAGAUGCAAACCAGGGCUAUGCAAGAGCAGGCUGCCUACCAGGCCAGUCUGAGGAAAGAGCAGGUGAAAGUGGACUCACUGGAACGCACUUUGGAGCAAAAGAACAAAGAGAUCGAGGAGUUGACAAAGAUUUGUGAUGAGCUGAUCGCCAAGAUGGGGAAGAGUUAGCGGCUGCACCACACCAAAGGCCAAAGUCUCAAUGAAAAGAGGAGAGGCUGUGGAGAAAACUGCUCUGUAAGUGAAGCAGAUGAGUUGUGCUUACCACAUAUCCAAGGACUGAUGGACAUCUAAGGUCAAAGUGGUCCUAGGAUUAUAUUUCUUACUGACUUUUGUGUUCACGGGAUCGACGGUAAUGGCUUCCUGUCAAACACUCUGUACAUUUGUAAUGUGUCUGUGUGUCGUACUGUAACGGGUCUGUUUUUGAAAAUUAAAAAAAACAUUUACCAUAUCAGCUAUGAGUGUGUGUGUGUGAGAGCGAGAGAAAGAUAAUGAGAAAGGGAGAGCAUGGUUUGUGGGUUAAAUUAUCUUAUCUAUAAUGAUGUUGCCAUGACAGCCAUUGAGGGAGAAGACUGUUCACUCACUCCUGUUGUUGUUUCCUCUUUAUCCAAGAGAAAGAUGGAUUCUGUUAAACGAGUACCAGACAGGGCGAUCUAUUCAUAAAAUGUCGAUACACCACUGAGAGAACACCAACUAUCACGGUAUAGCUUCUUGCAUGUGAGAGAGAAAGAAACCUCUAUUAAGGUAAUGUUUGUAUAUAGUUAUUCUGUCAUCAGCGUUCCUCAUGUAACCUUGUAGAUAUUUUGUCAUACUUGUCAUAGCUUUCUCAAUGAAAUCGUGCAACUUUAUUUUUCUGGUUUUAUUUUGAUAAAAGGCUAUAUAAUCGUGACUGUAUUCAGUUGUGACCAGGGGUGAUUACAUUUUUGGGUAUGUCCUUGUCGUGCUCACGGUCUGUGGUCCUGCUAUGGUCAUUGUGUCACACUGAAGAAUAACUUCUCUGCACAGCUACUGUAUAGCAUCUGCUUACCAAGUGCAAUAAAAGGUGUCAAUACAGCA